CGCGACGCGCACGCGCAGACGGUGACUCCCGGCGUGCAGCGCGGCGGCCGAGCCGGCAGCGGGCCGCCGCGGGCAGCCCCGCCGGGCCGCGAGGUCCGGACAAGCGGGGAGGAUGGCGCUAAAGAGGAUCCAGAAGGAAUUGACGGACUUGCAGCGGGAUCCUCCUGCCCAGUGCUCCGCAGGACCUGUGGGUGAUGACUUGUUCCACUGGCAGGCCACCAUCAUGGGCCCGAAUGACAGCCCUUACCAAGGAGGUGUUUUCUUCCUGACCAUCCACUUUCCCACGGAUUACCCAUUUAAGCCCCCAAAGGUUGCUUUCACAACCAAAAUCUAUCACCCCAAUAUCAACAGCAAUGGCAGCAUCUGCUUGGACAUCCUGCGGUCACAGUGGUCUCCAGCGCUGACUGUGUCCAAAGUUCUCUUGUCCAUCUGUUCUCUGCUCUGCGACCCCAACCCUGAUGACCCUCUGGUGCCAGAAAUAGCCCACACCUACAAGGCCGACAGAGAGAAGUACAACAGACUAGCACAAGAGUGGACACAGAAAUAUGCUAUGUAAGUGCCUUGGAGGUUUCCAGGACAAGCUCGAGGUCUCCCUUGAAGCCAAGCUGUGGGCUGUACCACUCACAGAGUGUCAUCUCUCCCCCACACACCUUGGCCACCCACUCUGUCUGAUUACAGCAUGUUGGUGCCACUCUCAGCCGUUGUGGCUUGAACAGCAUCAUAUUUUUGAUGCCAAAUCAGCAGCCAUUGUUACGAUCCGCAGCCUUCCUGGUUACACUGAAACCAGUCCGUCUGCCCUGUGUCUUCUGCUCUCUCCAGCGGACAAGGUCCCACACGCCUUCCCCGUCAGCCUUUGGCAGCGCUGCACUCCCUGUGGCACUAGGUGGGAGCCCUGCUGGGCCCUCUCCACGUUCCCUUAUGCCUUUAGAACUCAGAGCUGUCCUGAGCCCCAGGGCAGAGUGGGCUUCCCUUGCAUCCUGUCUGCCACAGAGCCAUGUCCUGAGGGGUCUGAGUGUGUCCCAGAGGCUCCUGGGAAUUUGGACAGUGUCACUGGAAAACAGAAGCCUCAUUCUGCAGCUUCUGCCGUCUUCCUCUGCGGGUCUACGUGGUGCAUUUCUCUCCUCACACCAAGAAGCAGCAAGUGGAAGAUGUCAGGAUAUAAAGCACAUAACACCCAUGACAGAUGACUUUUUUUUUUUUUAAAGAAGUAAGAGAAAAAUUAUAAACCAGGAAAGAUUUAGGCUCUUUUCUAUGUGAUGAGAGUUCCCCACCCCUAGCACUUCCUAUCAGGAACCUACACAAAGUCUAAUGUAAGCCAUUCACCGAAGAGAACACUAAUAUCGGGAAAGACUUUCAAGUGUAAAUAAAAAAAGGAGUUUCCUCAUAA